UUGUGUUGAUUUGCACUAGAUAGCGCUACGGUUAUAAUGGCGUUUAGCAACGUGUGUUUUCUGCUCACGGUUGUAGUGUUAAACUUACUAUGCUAUUGUAAUUCAGAAACGUACACUUUUGAUAGUAAACUCGGCAUUGCGUACGAGUUCAAAGUUCACGUGGAUGCUGGUAAAGAAGAAUGUUUUUUCCAAUGGAUUCAUGGGGGGUCGACGUUUUAUGUUGCUUUUCAGGUCAUGAGAGGGGGUGAUGGACAGGCAGGAUUUGCCGUUAGACAUCCUAAUGGAAUGUUUGUUUUACCAUACCAGUGGCGCCCUCAUGCAGAGUAUGAAGAAGCUUCUGUACCAAAUGGUGGAUAUUAUCAGUUAUGUAUUGACAACUCCUUGUCACGAUUUGCUUCGAAGCUGGUAAGUUUGUAUGUGAACUCCUUCAAGAGAGAUGAGUGGGAGACAUACGUGAAAGAACUUGAGAGUUUGGACAUCACUGUUACAAAUUUCACAGGGACACUAAGGAUUGUGGAUGAACGGGUUGGUGAAAUGCUGAAAUUCCAAGACCAUUCCAGACGACAGAUGUCCCGAGAUUGGUAUUUAGUAGAUGGAAAUAAUCGGUAUGUCCAGUACUGGUCACUUGCUCAGUGUUUGAUCAUUGCUGCAGCAUCAGCCAUACAAGUUUUCUUUGUUAGAAAGCUAUUCGAUGUGAAAAAUGUUACACCUACUGCAAAGCCAAGGGCAUAGCCGUACAGUUUAGAUCAA